AAAGGUGAGGAUGACAGCAAUAUCUGAGCUCAGUUUCUGAAUGUAAACAGCGUUUAACAGGACUACUGUAACUUUUCAACCUCUACCACUUACUGAAAAGCGUCAGGAACUAAUUCUGAGUCGUUAAAUAAGCACAGCGGGUCGCUAACACUUUGUUUACACACAUUUUUUUCCUGCGCACCUUUGUUUAAACUUUCUUGUGUUGACAGAAACUUCGUAAUGUUGCCAUCGAUGUUUUCUUCGGUUACAAAUCUUGUCACGUGCGAAGACAGUAUUUUUUAAUCAAUGAAAUGGGAUUUACCGGCAUGAGGGACGUGUCGUGGGACUGUACGUCUGUUUCAGCUGGAAAAUCAGCCUCCUGAGUCUGCUCGGAUACUUUAACGCGUGUUUAUUUAUUACAUUACAUUAUUAUUAUUAUUCUCCAUGGAGUCCGUUGGGAAGUUUGAGUUCAACCGGAAAGACCUGAUUGGCCACGGUGCCUUUGCUGUUGUGUUCAAAGGCAGACAUAAAGAGAGGCGUGACUGGGAGGUUGCUGUGAAGUGCAUCAACAAGAAAAACCUAGCCAAAUCACAGUCUCUGCUUGGUAAAGAAAUCAAAAUACUUAAGGAACUCAAACAUGAAAACAUUGUUAGACUACUCGACUAUCAGGAAAUGGGAGGGUGCGUGUAUCUUGUCAUGGAGUACUGCAAUGGCGGCGACCUGGCAGAGUACCUUCACUCAAAGGGCACAUUAAGUGAGGACACCAUCCGUGUGUUCCUACAGCAGAUUGCUCAGGCCAUGAAGGUCCUGCAGAGCAAAGGCAUCCUCCACAGAGACCUCAAACCCCAGAACAUCUUGCUCUGCCACCCAGAGGGGCGCAAGUCCACGUCCAUCAAUACCUGCAUUAAGAUAGCUGACUUUGGGUUUGCACGUCAUCUCCAGACAAACACCAUGGCAGCCACGCUGUGUGGCUCUCCCAUGUACAUGGCUCCAGAGGUAAUCAUGUCCCAGAACUAUGAUGCCAAGGCUGAUCUGUGGAGCAUAGGCACCAUUUUGUACCAGUGUCUGACUGGGAAGGCACCAUUUCACGCCAGCACACCACAGGAGCUCCGUCUCUUUUAUGAAAGCAACAGGACCCUGUUACCCAGCAUCCCAAAGGAGACUUCUAGUAACCUAAAACACCUACUACUGGGGCUGCUGCAGAGAAACCACAAAGAACGGAUCAGCUUUGAUGAGUUUUUCCACCAUCCUUUCCUGGAGACCAGCUCAUCCACAAAGAAAUGCUCUCCAGCUCCCCUGCUCUCCUACCCCAGUUUAGGUUCGGGUAGUUCUUCCAGCAGCUCCUCAGCGUCCCAUCUGGCUUCACCUCAACAUUCCGAUGGAGAGAUGCACCGACUCCAGCCCAAAGCAGAGUUCUCCCCGACACAAAACACUGCUGGCUUCCUGCUGAAAGAAAUAGCCAAUCAAGACAGUAGGAACACCUCAUCGUACACAGAGGACUAUGUCAUGGUGCCGACUCAGUUUCCCAGUGAGUAUACAUGUGAAGUGGAUGUUGGGUCACCAAUUGAAAGUUGCCUUAUAUACAGUGGGAGCUCACUAGUAGCUGAGAGAGGUCCUGGACCUGCAGGAAAGACGCCUCCACCUUCUCCCCUGCUACACUCUCCCUCCAAGCCUGUUAGCAAGCCUGCUGAAUUCAUUGGCCACAGCUGCAACCACUCUGUGCCCAUUCCUGUCCCAACACAGAUCCAAAACUACCAGCGUAUGGAACAGAACCUGCAACCUGUUGGCCUGCAUGGCUCUACCAGGGCCACGUUGUGCUGUGCAGGCAGCAGCAGUGAAAGCUCCCCAAAGUGUGGGGGCUGUAGAGCUCCAGGUCCAGGAUUUGUCCUCAACUCCCCAAAGCUUGCGACUGGAGGAGCUGAGCCACAACAGUGCUCCCCACUAGCGGGAACUACCCCAAAGACUUCAGAGCAGACUCUCCCACUCAGCACAAGGACUGGGCAGCUCACUGGCUCUCCUGACAUCCAGGACACCUCCGGCCCCAAGCAGGUUCAGUCAAGAAAGCUGAACCGAACCAGGACAGUCCCAGACCUACAAUCCCUUGGCCCAUCUCCUGCUUCACAGAACAACGACAGCAGGAAAUCUGCCAACAAAAAGGGUCCUUUUAAAAGAUCACUGAGCACAGGCAGGCUGUCUGACAUGCUACUGAAGGCGGCCUUUGGUGCCCACCUUUUUGAAGAGGGAAGUGAUGAGAGCCUUAACUGUGAGAAAAGCAUGGAUACAACAGCUCCACCUACUGGUGGUAAUAGAGGCUUUCAGUUCUCAGACAGCCCACCUCUUGCAGUCUUCACUGUGGGUUCUCCAUCCAAGGGAAACACUUCUCCUGAUGCCAUGGUAUCAAAGAUGUUCUCAGGUUCCCCCAACUACAUAAACUCAACCUGGCUUCUUAACAGUCGCCUUCUUCAGAGAGGAAGCCGUAGAAACAGUGAGACUGAAGCCAUGGAUGCUACCCCACACACUAGUCUCAUCUUUCACCCUCCAGAACUCGCUGAAGACACACUGAUGGAGCAGGCUCAUACAGAUGCCCUGAGCGACCUGCGCUUCACCUUGGCUUUUGUCCACUGUGUCAUGGAAUUGGCUUCUUCUAAAGACUUGGGGCUGGAGACCAUCAGCAGUCCUGAUGUUUCUUUUCUAGAGCAGAGCUUUGUGACAGAUCAGAUUAGUCUUCUGAGUAGAGAAUGGAGCUAUGCAGAGCAGUUAGUGUUGUACAUGAAGGCUGAAGAGUUUCUGUCAUCAGCACUGCACACUGCUAAAGAAAAUAUCAAGCAAGGCCAACUCCUUCCCUCUGCUACAGUCAAGCAAGUGAUCAGGAAGCUGAAUGAGUUAUACAAGAACUGUGUAACAUACUGUCGCUCCCUCAACGAUCGGCUGCAGACCUUCUUGCUUGACAAACAGAAGCUUAUGGACCGCUUCAACGGACUCACAGCAGAGAAGCUCAUCUACAGCCACACUGUGCACAUGGUACAGACUGCUGCUUUAGAUGAGAUGUUCCACUAUGGCACAGCAUCAGUCCAACGCUACCAUAGAGCCCUUCUACUGAUGGAGGGUCUAUCCCGAAUCAUUACAGAGCAGAAAGCCAUUGACAGCAUAGAUAAAUGUAAGCAGUGUAUUGAGCGACGCCUCUCUGCUCUGCAGACUUAACAGUAUCCAUGAGUUCUACAGCUGCAAUCACAGCCGCUGGACUAUCUUGCCUCAUCCAUCUCCCCUCAGUGAAGAUGGAUCCUCCUAGAGAGUCAGUACACACAAGCACUUUGAUCUUUCUUAAGGGAAAUGACCACUGGAGCAUCUGCUCUUAUCCCACCACCCAGUCUGCGAUCUUUACAUUAAUGCACAGAAAAGACUGGAAGCCCUGUUUUGUACACAUUUUUGAAGAGAGAUUGUUUUAUGACUGCUUGAAUAAUUUGAUCAGGUAAAUUGUUAGUGUGUUGUUUUGUGUUUUGCACAUAGAGUUAUGAUGAAAUAAUAACUGAUUUUAAAUUUGUUGUACUUGAAACAAAGAUUAUUUAGGUUUUUUUUCAGUAUUUGAAGCGAUUGUGUUAUGUAAAAGUUAUGUAAAAGUUCACCGGCCAACAGGAAUCACAAUAUCCUGGAUGAGAUGACCAAAAAUAACCAGUGUGUAGCAAUACUAGUAAAACUGUACCUGAUGUUUUGUACAUUUUUCAUCAUAGCAUAAUAGUGGCUGUACAAUGAAAGUAUGUUUUGACUUCAUACAGAAUAAUUGUCUAACAGUCAUAUAGACUUGCAUCAUAGACCACGAUAAGUAUAUUUUUUACAUUACAGUGAUGUACUUGGUUAUGAGCUGCUUUAAGAGACAUUAACUGCAUGCCACAUUGCUUAUGUUCAUCUGCUGCAUUUGUGUUUAUGUGUGCACAUUAGUUUUGACUUUAGAGGUGUAAAACAAAAGUUAAUUUGCAGUUAAUUUGUGAAUGAAUUUGUACAUGACUUUUGCCUGCUAGGACAUAUUUGAUAUUUUGUUAAAAUGUUAGUUAAACAGAAAUUAGUUAGAAUUUAUCAAAUUACCUUUUCUACUUUUAUUUGCCAGCCAAAUUUGCCAAAAUGAGUUGUUACACACUGUGUGAUGAAAAUAAAUAAUAUUUAUU